UUCAUUUUAUCAUUUCUUUGGUUUAACAAAAUGAGACAACCUGCAGGUGUCGCGGAAAUCCUCAGAUCUCAUCAAAAAGAUGACAUUUACACUGGUUAUUUGAAAAAUUCCGUAUCUGAGAUUUUUCAAGAAAUAUUUGGUCCUGGGGUAUGGAUCAGAUGGAAAAAUGAAGUUGAUCGAGUUGCUGAGGUCACAUAUUUCUUGCUUACAACAGUUGCAGGAUACCAGACAGUUGGGGAAGAAUAUGUCAACAUCAUACAGAUAGAUAAACAAAGACGAAACCUACCAUCAAAACUGAAAAGAUUGAUUAUGGUUUCCCUCCAUGUAUUUGGUCCCUACGCAGUUAUCCGUCUACUGGAUUGGAUGGAAAAGAAAAUAAAGUCAGGAGAAUGGGACAGCAUUCCCAAGGAAACAAGGGAGCUUAUUCUAAAAUCACUUCCUGUUCUUCAACAAGCGAUGUCACUUCUCCAGAGAUUUCAUCUGGCAGUGUUUUAUCUCAGGGGUGUGUUUUAUCACAUCGCCAAACGACUGACGGGAGUCAGCUAUAUCAAGUUCAGCUUACCCAAUACUGAUGGAUCCAGUGUUCAGCAGAGUUUCAGUGCUCUGGGCUGGUUGUCACUGGCACAGCUUGGCUUCAGUGUGUUACAACUGUUGUAUCAUGGUUACAAAUCUUCUGGAUCAUUCACCUCUAACACAGAAGUCAGGUCUAAGACAACAAGUGAUGCUGCGGACAGGAAGUGUUGUUUGUGUCUGGAGACCCGGAGGAAACCCACGGCGACACCUUGUGGCCAUUUGUUCUGCUGGCAGUGUAUCUACGAAUGGUGCUCUACUAAGCUUGAGUGUCCAAUUUGCAGAGAAAAGCUGCAACCACAAAAACUAGUAUUUCUACAGAACUUUGACCCCCCAGAGGGAUGAAAUGGACUCCAUGGGUUUCAAUUUGAAGCCUCAAACUCAAAGGACAAACAUCAUAUAUUUUUAAAAUCAGAUAUUGCUCACAAUGGCAGAAAGAAGAAGUUGUGAGAAAUAUUAUGGCAGCUAAUAUUCAUUGUUAUAAGAAACAUCAACAGUUUGUAGCAUUUGUGAUUUGAAACUCUUUUUGUGCAAUAUUGUUAAUUCAUAAAAGAUAAAAAGUAUAUUUUCA